AUGCCAAUUACAUGGACAUCGUUAUCUCGCCAAUAUCGAAAUGAUGGCGAAUUCCGAGGCAGUAUCAAUUGCUUCGCUGGAAGUUUCGUUAUUGCGCUCGUCUCGUGGUAUUUAGGAGCAAUAUUCUUGAUUCUAAUGAUAGCUAUCUGUAUCCCUGCAUCUUAUUACACUGGACGAUAUAUAGGGCAAAAGCCUAUUUGUGGUGCACAGGCGACGUUUCUUGGUCUGUUGAGUGGAUCAUCAGUUGCUCUAUAUCUUUAUUGGAAAGCGUCGCCCAUAGCGUUGUUUUGCUGCUAUUCGUUCGUUUUCUCAGUUUUCCAUUUUUCCGAAUUUUUCUUCACGGCGAUUUCAAAUCGUCGAUCACUCCAGUCGGAUUCAUUCUUGCUAAAUCAUUCGGUAGCAUAUUGGAUUGCUGCCUUGGCAAGUUGGAUAGAAUUUUUUCUAGAG